GGGCGGUGUCCGUGAGCGGUUGCGGUCGUGGGGCCGAGGGCGCACGUGAUAGGGAGGGCCCUGGGGCUCCCGGGGAAGAUGCUGUAGGUCUGACUUUCUCGACCCCUUUUUGGGUGGGAAGUGGAUGUUGCGGACCUUCCCCCGCACCCAGCCGCGUGUCUGGUGGGAAAACGCGGCUCCUUUCAUGCUGACAUCCCUGCGCCGACAGCGACUGCCGCGGGCGAGCGCGGGGCGCGUGACCCGGGGGUUGCAUUCCGCAUAACUCAAGCGGGCAGGCGUGCACGUUGUCCCUGCUGCGCGGGCCUGGAAUUACCCAUACCUGGCCGAAUGGGCCUCUGGAGGGUGUUGAGGAGGGGAGGCUAAGGAAAGUAGGCGUCCCUUCCAACCUCGCUAAAGCCUUUUCCCCAGACAGCCUUCCGGACUUGAAUUUUCUUUCAAAAGGAAGUGGGUUCUUAAACUUUUUGCCGCUGUUAAAACAUGCCGCCUCGUGGGCAAAGAAGUGCAUGUCUAACUGAACUGUUGUUUCAUAUGAAGAAAUAAUUCAGAUUCUAGGAGAGAAUAGUGGACUUAGUACAGCAAAACAUUUAUUCAUUUCCGCUACUGGGCACGCUCCUCCAGACUCAACUCUGAAUAAGGGCCUCAGCACUAGCUCACACCAUGUGGACGGCAGAUGAGAUUGCACGGCUGUGUUACGAGCACUAUGGGAGCAGGCUGCCCAAGCAAGGGAAGCCUGAGCCCAACCGCGAGUGGACGCUGCUUGCAGCCGUGGUGAAGAUACAACCUGCAGCUGACCAGGUCUGCGACUGCCCUGACAGACCCGUGCAAGUGACAAAAGAAGUUGUCUCAAUGGGAACAGGAACCAAAUGCAUAGGCCAGUCCAAAAUGAGGAAGAGCGGAGACAUCCUCAAUGAUAGCCAUGCCGAGGUCGUAGCCAGAAGAAGUUUCCAGAGGUACCUCCUCCAUCAGCUGCACUUGGCGGUCACUCUGAAGGAGGGUAGCAUCUUUAUCCCAGGAACUCAGAGAGGACUGUGGAAACUCAGACCAGACACCUUGUUUGUGUUUUUCUCCAGCCAUACACCCUGUGGCGAUGCCUCCAUCAUUCCAAUGCUUGAGUCUGAAGAUCAGCCUUGCUGUCCUGUCAGCAGAGAUUGGGCCAAUAACCCAUCAGUAGAAACCAAUAAUAACCUAAAAGCCCCCGAAGGUAAAAGGAAAUGUGAAGACCCAGAUAGUCCUGGGACCAAAAAGACGAGGCUUGAGCCGGGGCCUCCUGAUGGUAUGACUCACGAUCAGAGUUUUGACAAUCAGGAAAGUGGCCCAGUCCCACCAGAUGUCAACAGCUCUCAUCUCACUGCAGAGGAACUGGCCACCGUCCCUGGAAUGGCCCACAGUGGUGCCAAAGUGGUGGACAUUUAUAGAACUGGAGCUAAGUGUGUGCCUGGAGAAGCUGGCGACUUGGGAGGGCCUGGUGCUGCGUAUCACCAGGUAGGGCUGCUCCGCAUGAAGCCAGGCCGAGGGGACAGGACUUGCUCCAUGUCCUGCAGUGACAAGUUGGCACGGUGGAACGUUCUUGGAUGCCAAGGGGCACUGCUGAUGCACUUCCUGGAAGAGCCUGUCUACCUGUCAGCCGUGGUCAUUGGGAAGUGCCCGUACAGCCAGGAGGCCAUGCAGAGAGCACUGAUUAGAAGGUGUCGGACCAUCUCGGCUUUACCCAAAGGCUUUGGAGUUCAAGAAGUGAAAAUACAGCAGUCAGAUAUACUAUUUGAACAAAGCCGCUGUGCGGUGCAGGCAAAAAAGGCUGACAGCUCAGGCCGACUUGUUCCUUGUGGGGCAGCCAUCAGCUGGAGCGCAGUUCCUGAGCAGCCUUUGGAUGUCACUGCCAAUGGUUUUCCACAGGGAACAACAAAGAAAGCAAUCGGAAGCCCUCAGGCCAGAGACAAAUCCUCUUCCCAUCUGGCGAAAUACCAGAGCAUCCUGGAAAGAUUAUUACAUGCCUCGUUGGAUUAUAAAAGAGGAAGAUCCCGAAUCAGCAAAGUAGAGCUCUUUAGAUCAUUCCAGAAGCUGCUAAGCAGUGUUUCAGAGGACAAGUGGCCAGACUCACUCAGGGUGCAGAAGCUAACGACGUACCAAGAAUACAAAGAGGCUGCAGCCACUUACCAGGAGGCCUGGCGUGCACUUCGGAAGCAGGCAUUUGGAUCCUGGAUCAGAAACCCACCAGAUUAUCACCAGUUUAAAUGAGAAAAGCUUGCUGGCAGCAGGUGUUCUCCGUUCCUUCAUGCUGGAUCACCUUCUUCCUACACACUGAACAAGCCUUAGCUUCCCCUGCAACUGAUAAGGGAAAAAAAAAAAAAAAGACCGCCACCUACCAGAGCAAUAUAUAUCUUCUGUGUGAGAUGGGUGGAAUUCCCAAACAUGGCACAGUCUAUACUUGAUUGAAGUAGCUCUCUGCUAAAGUAGCAUCUUGCUAGUGACCUUGGUAUGUGUCCUGUGUUUUACUGCUUCUCUAAGAAUAAGAAUUUGGAAUAUGAUGCUUUAAAAGUACUCAGCAGUAGCUCCAUUUUAUGUGUUCCUACGUUGAUGUGGCAAGGAUUCAUUGGGCUGAGAGGAUAAUUGAAUCUCUGCAAGUUUUAGAGCUUCGCCUAUCAUAGUGGACAUGUAUUUUGCACCCCCCGCCUUUCUUCCUUUGGAGAGCCACCCUGCUCUACUCUAUCCACGAGACUUGGUUGAUGCAAACUUUACUCCUUAGCUCCAGAAAUGUGAGCCAGACCUGAAGAGUCUGGAGUUAUUGCCAGAGCCGUCAGGUAAGAUUCUCUCCUCUUGUAUCAGGAACAGUAAGCUCCAUGCAAUCUGGGACUGCCUGUGGCUGCCUUUGAGAACAAAGGCAAGAGAAAGGAAAGAGCCAAGAGAAUCAAAACUCUCCUGAUCAUGUCUAGAUCCUUGAAGCUAGUGCCUACUCUGCCUUUCAGUUGUGUGAGAUAAAUUCCUAUUGUUUUGCGUAA